AUGUUCCGCCCGCGCACUCUCCGGGCACUGCCCAAGGGUCGUCUGCAGCUCGUCCGAACACCCCGGCGCACUUUCUUCACCCGCGAGCGAUCCACCAAACCAGUCGAGCGCUUCAACAUCAACCAGCUCAGCGAAGCUCGCUCCAACUAUGAUCGCGACCGCACCUAUUUCCUCACCGCUGGUGCCAUUGCCGGAAUCAUCUCUUUCAUCUACACGGCGAACAAGCUGCGAAAGGCGCUAGCCGCCGAGAAGAAGCGCAAGGCCGUCGAGGCGGGCGAUGACGAAACCUCUCCGAGCGUAGACAACCGCGCCGGCAUCCAGCUCGACUCGUCGGUGCCGAAGGAGACCUUCACGACCGAGGCUGGCAGCAAGCGCAAGGUCGUCAUCCACGACGACGAAGGAAGGGAGCUCGUGCCCACGGGCAACAAGACGGUCCCCAGUUUCCCCCGCACUAUCGAACUUUCUUCCAAGCACUCCGCCUCCUCCCGUGACCCGGAAGCCGCCGCCCAGGCCCCGAUCGCCGCCUCCAUCCAGGACAAUGACGGCGUGGAGUACACUCUCGUCGGCCUCGGCAUCCGGACCGUCAGCUUCCUGAGCAUCCAGGUAUACAUGGUGGGAUACUACGUGGCCACCCAGGACAUCGCGAAGCUGCAGCACUACCUGACCAAGAAGAUCAACCCGAUCGCCACGACGCUGGUGCCUUCUGAGCGCGAUACUCUGAAGCAGCAGCUGCUAGACCCCGUCGAGGGCGAGCAGACAUGGACGGCGCUUCUUCAAGAGGUCGGCUGCCGCAGUGCGUUCCGCAUCGUGCCCGUCCGCGACACCGACUUUCCUCACUUGCGCGAUGGCUUCGUGAGAGCCAUCACCCACAGGUCGUCUGUCAACAAGGAGGCCUACGGCGACGAGGCGUUCGGCGAGGCGAUGAAGGAGUUCAAGCGAUUGUUCAGCCGCGGCAAGGUGCCCAAGUCUAAGGAGCUGUUGCUCACCCGCGACGAGAAGGGCACGCUCGAGGUCAUCUUCGAUGACGGCAGGAGCUUCGGGCGCCAGAGCUGCGGCAAGGUGCAGGACGAGCGCGUGUCGCUGCUGUUGUGGCUCAACUGGCUGGCCGGUAGCAAGGUCGCCUCCGAGCCGGCGCGGUCGAGCAUCAUCGAUGGCGUCAUGGAAUUCGUCGAGAGACCAGUCGGCACCGUCGCCGCGCAGGUUGUAUAA